CGAUCUUCUACGAAUAUUACUUGUUGAUAAUAUUAGGAUAUAAUUUUGAAAUAUAAGUUUCGUCAUGUCAUGCUGGAAAAUUUUUAAUUUAUAUUGGGUUUGUAUCAAUAUUAAAUAUAUUGGUUAAAAUUAAUUGUGCAUAAAAUUUACAGUUCAUCUGAUUUUCAUUAGCGUCAUGCCGAUACACUAUAUUUGUAUAAAAAUCAAUCAAUUCAUAGACACCUUUCGAAGACGCAACUCUAUAAGAUCGAAGAGAAAUUUUGAAUUUUAAAUAGUGAUGUAGUGAUUGUAUAACAAUAACAUUAACGUGUCUAAUGUGUAUACUAUAUACCGAGAAGUCGAUAAUUCAAUGAAAGUCUCUAAAUUUUAAAAUCAUGGAGAAUGGAAGCAAGUUAUUAUUGGUUCUUUUAAAGGCUUCAGAGAAGGCCGCUAAUAUUGCUAGAGUGUGUAGACAAAAUAAAUCACUGUUUAAUCUUUUAAUUCAAGAAAAAUCAGAUACAGAGAAAAAUCCAAGUUUUGUUAGGGAUUUUAAAACAUUGGCUGAUGUUUUGAUUCAAGAAACUAUUAAACAUGAUAUAGCAUUAGAGUUUCCAGAAUUAGCAAAGGUUGUACAAGGUGAAGAAAACAAUACAUUUACCAACACACUUGGAGAAACCAUAAUUGUGGAAGUAUGUUCUACUUGUUCGGAAACAACUUUAUUACUAGCCAGAGUUAUGGGUAAUGAUACUGAAACAGCUAGUUUUCUUGCUACCGAAGUUCAUAAAGAUAUUCAAUUGAAAGAUGUCCAAACCGUGCAAGACAUUCCUAAUGAUUUUACUCUGCCUAUAGAAGAUCUUGGUAUAUGGAUAGAUCCAAUAGAUGCGACUGGAGAAUACGUACAUCCUGCUAUAGAUGAUAAAGGUUUACAUUGUGUUACAGUAUUAGUAGGUGCAUAUCUUAAAAGUACAGGAUUACCAGUAUUAGGUAUUGUAAAUAAACCAUUUUGUGAGUUACGUAUGGAUCAAUUAUGGAAUGGUUCAUGUUAUUGGGGAUAUUCAGAAACUGAUACAGAUAAGUGUUACUCAAGCAUUAUUAAGAACUCUGUUAAUGAUACAGAUGAGACAAGUAAAACUAUAUUUAUUGGAAGAUCUGAAGAUGAAGAUUUAAAAUCUAAACUUAGAAUGGCAGGUUUUAUAUUAUUAGAGAUAGCUGGUGCUGGAAAUAAAAUAUUAAAUGUUGCCUUAGGCAUGGCAGCUGCUUAUGUACUUUCUAAAAAUUCUACUUACAAAUGGGACACAUGCGCUCCACAAGCCAUAUUACGAUCUUUAGGUGGGGGUAUAGUAGAUUAUCAAAAAUUUUUAAAGAGUACAAAUUUGGAUGAUUUGGAUUUAAAAUAUUCCACUACUAGUGCAAAUGCAGCAAAUAAUGGUGGAUUAAUAGCAUAUCGUAAUAUUGAAAUGUUACUUACUUUGAAACAAAUUCUAUGUUAAAUGAAAUCAUUCAAAUGAAUUUAUUAAAUCUAAUAAUCAGCCAAAGAUUAUUUCUUUAUACAUCUUGCUGUUCGUUGUUCAUUCAAAGUCUAUAUAUAUAUAUAUAUAU